GCUGCUGGUGAUGACUGCGUCGCUGCUGGUGGUGACUGCGUCGUUGCUGUUGCUGUGUCUCCGUUCGCGUUUAUUAGACGCUGCUGUUGCUGCUGUGCUAGCUACGGGCUGGCGGGCGGUGCUGAUGGUGACUUCGUCGUUGCUCUUGCUGUGUCUCCGUUCGCGUUUAUUAGACGCUGCUGUUGCUGCUGUGCUAGCUACGGGCUGGCGGGCGGUGCUGACCUGGAAACGUCGUUGAGCUGCUAUCCGGCCGGAUCGUCGUCGUUGUUGCUGUUUGCCACACCGCCACGGAGACGCUAGCUUGAAUGGAAACAGCCUGCCUGGUCCGUCUACCCUGAUGCGAGCAUACAAACUGCAGCUGGAGGGAGGCAUUCGUCGAGUCCAACGUCGUUGCCAGGAGACAUGCUAGGGUAAAACGCCGCUGUUAACUGGUCCAGUGUGUUGACCAGGGUCAAGACAAAAAGUCGGGUCGUCAAAAUUUCCAAAUGGCUGUUGAGGCGAGAAAACUCCCUGCUGUUGCUGCAGCUGUUUGUUGUUGCUUCUGCUUGGGAAUGUGUUUACGCCUGCUGAUCCCGUUUAUUAAUGAAGGCGCUACUUGAUGCUGCUGUACUGGCAUCGAAGUGGUGGGCGAGAGACAAGUUGGCAUCAUUCUCGAAGCUCCCAUCAGGCCUGGUCAUCUUACGUUCCAGUGUCACUGAUCACCACAUCCUACGCGGUGAUGCCAGCAUGUAUCAGGCGUCGGCCAUUCGGGUCCGUCAGCCCUGAUGCAGGCAUCCCAAUUUCGGCAGGAAGGAAAACAAGCGCCGCAGUUCAGGUGCUUUUACAGGAACAGGAAAGCGGUUGUGAAGUGCCAGACAAAGCAGCAGAUGGAGCCAUCAUAAAGCGGAGAUUGUUUCGGGCACAAAUCCAUCAGUUUGGAAUGAAGACGGAUCACCAGUGAUGCAUUCACCAUCUCGCCAGGAUAGCGCUAUUUGAGUGCGCAGUCUAUAUCAUCCAGUAGGUGUUAUAAGUUAGAUUUUACCAUUUAUAUGUGAGACAUUUUCCUUUUUUAAAAUAAUCUGUAAGUGAGCCUUUAGCCUUUUUUUAUUUAUUUAUUUUCUAUUUAUAUAUUUUGCCACCCCUUCCGCCAGUUUUGGUUUAUGGAAUGGUGCUAUUUGCAG